AUGGGCAACACGCGGCUCAAGAUGGUAGGGGGCGCCACAACUUCGUCGUCCAGUACCCUCGACAGACCAAAUUUGAGCCGCCUCACACGACGCUCGCAUUCUCAGAGAUCCUCAGACCCAGGCGAUUUACCUCAUGUGUCUCCUUUGCCCAGCAACCCGCUGGAUGUGAUGGAACAGGGGUACAUGGCGGAUGACCAUCACAAUUCUCGACAUGCGCAAGAAAAGGGAUCGGAGAAGAUAUCCUACCGAAGAAGUGCUAUCACGUUUAUCAGGACUAGCUGGGCUUCUUUUGUAUCGUGUUCGAAAUGGGCAGUACGAAUAUUGCUAGGACAAAAUCCGGCGUGGAACAGUGCGAUCAUGGUUCUAGCGACAUACUUGGGUAUCCUGGUGGCCAUCUCUAGCAUCUUUGGAUGGCCGGUGCUGCCCUUGAUACGCAUCCGAGGGCGACAGGGGUCGUCCGUAAUACCGUUUGGAGGGGGGAGUCUCAGUCGCGCUCGCCCAUGUCAUACAACCACCAUCAACAACUAUUCUCCGACUACUAUCAACAAUUACGUCUAA